AUGCAUUCACCAACACUCAUCUUUAGCUCAACCCUCCUAAUCAUUUUCAUUCUUCUAACAUACCCCCUUAUCGUAUCCCUCAACCCCAGCCCUCUCAACAAAAAAUGGGCAACCACCCAUGUCAAAACCGCAGUACAAACAGCCUUCUAUGCUAGCCUACUCCCCCUUGCAGUAUUCUUUGACCAAGGCAUGGAAGUCAUUACUACUAACUGACAUUGAAUAAAUAUUGCCACCUUUGACAUUAACAUCAGCUUCAAAUUUGACCAAUACUCGAUUAUCUUUACACCCGUAGCCCUCUACGUAACUUGAUCAAUUUUAGAAUUUGCCUCAUGGUACAUACACUCAGACCCCAACAUAAACCGAUUCUUCAAGUAUCUACUCCUAUUUCUGAUUGCCAUAAUUACCCUAGUCACAGCCAACAACAUAUUUCAACUGUUUAUCGGCUGAGAAGGGGUGGGCAUUAUAUCUUUCCUAUUAAUCGGGUGAUGAUACGGACGUGCGGACGCCAACACCGCCGCUUUACAAGCAGUUAUUUAUAACCGGGUAGGAGAUAUCGGACUAAUUUUAAGCAUAGCGUGAUUUGCAAUAAACAUAAACACCUGGGAAAUUCAACAAAUAUUCGCCUCCUCCCAAGACAACCAAGCAACCCUACCACUCAUGGGCCUAAUCCUAGCCGCCACAGGAAAAUCAGCCCAAUUCGGCCUCCACCCCUGACUCCCCUCAGCAAUAGAAGGUCCAACACCGGUCUCUGCCCUACUACACUCUAGCACCAUGGUUGUGGCCGGCAUCUUCCUACUCAUCCGACUCCACCCCCUAAUGGAACAUAACCAAGUCGCCCUAACAACCUGCCUCUGCCUUGGGGCUACAACUACCUUAUUCACCGCUGCCUGUGCCCUGACACAAAAUGACAUCAAAAAAAUCGUAGCCUUCUCCACAUCCAGCCAACUGGGCCUAAUGAUGGUCACCAUCGGCUUAAACCAGCCCCAACUAGCCUUCCUACACAUCUGUACUCAUGCAUUCUUUAAAGCAAUACUGUUCCUAUGCUCCGGAUCCAUCAUCCACAGCCUUAACGAUGAACAAGACAUCCGAAAAAUAGGAGGCCUCCACACCAUACUUCCGCUCACCUCCACCUGCCUCACCAUUGGCAGUCUAGCCCUAACCGGAAUGCCAUUUCUCUCCGGAUUUUUCUCAAAAGACGCCAUCAUUGAAGCCCUGAACACAUCACACCUGAACGCCUGAGCCCUAACCCUAACCCUCAUUGCCACCUCCUUCACAGCCGUAUAUAGCUUCCGAGUUAUCUUCUUCGCCUCUAUGGGCUCCCCCCGAUUUCUCCCCCUAUCACCCCUCAACGAAAACAACCCAACAGUAAUUAACCCAAUCAAACGACUUGCCUGAGGAAGCAUCCUAGCCGGACUAUUUAUUACCUCCAACUUUUUACCAGCAAAAACACCAAUUAUAACCAUACCCAUAACCCUUAAAUUAUCCGCAUUACUAGUAACAGCCCUAGGGUUACUCAUAGCCCUAGAACUAACAAGCCUAACAAACAAACAACUAAAAAUUACCCCCACAAUUCCACUACACAACUUCUCCAACAUGCUAGGAUACUUCCCAUCAAUUAUUCACCGCCUAGCCCCAAAAAUCAAACUGAGCCUAGGACAAGCCAUAGCAACUCACCUAAUUGACCAAACAUGACUAGAAAAAGUAGGACCAAAAGGAAUUACAACCAGCCAAAUCCCAUUAAUUAAAGCCACAAACAGCAUUCAACAAGGUUUAAUUAAAACAUACCUUACAAUCUUCUUCCUGACCACCACACUAUCAAUCCUCCUCAUCACACUAAUCUAA